CGAACCCAACCCUGAAGCCGUGCGCUGGUCCUCCUCGUCCUCCUCCUCCUCCUCCGUAGCCAUUUUGGCUCAAGGCUCAAUGAUUUAGAUUCACACUCGAGAUCAUAUACUUGCUUCUUCCAUGGUCUGCACGACGAUGAUUCGCGUGGGAUGUUUGGUGGCCUGUGCCGCUGUGGCGAGCGGGCUCCAUACCGACACGGGCGCCCUGACCCAGCUCCGGGGGUCCAAUCAUUCGGUCCUCAUCCUGGGAUGCUCUGUAGACAGGAACGCCGUGGAGAGCUUCUGCGGCAAGGUCGACAGGUUUUACCGCGUGGGGUGCUACGACGAGGAGCGCCAGCUCAACAUCGGCUUCGUCUUCCACCCCGGGGUGGGCAUCAACGGUGACCUGCAGCCGCCCUUUUACAACCGCACCCAGUGGGGCUCCAAGAUAGGGCAGCCUAUAUCCGACGUCAAGGUCCUGCGCAAGUGGUCCUCGAGCAUGGUGGGAGAGCUGUUCCCCGACAUGGUCGUGGUGGACAGCUCCCUGUGGGACCUGUCGACCUGGGCCUCGUGGGGCAUGAGAAACGUGACGGCAGACCGGCUGCGCCAGUGGGGCAUGCGUGAUCUGAAGAAUGAAUUGGCCCGCGUGUCCGAGGCAUACAACAAGAGCCGCAUCGUCUUCAGGACUGCGCCCGCAGUGUACAAGACAAAGUGGGUCGUUAGUGACGCAGGACUCGUGUACAAGGAUGUGGCGGCAAUCUCGAAUGAUGGAAUCCGCAUGAUGCAGAGGGAGCUGAGGAAGCACAUCAAGGACGGCAAGCUGUACGGCAAGUACGAGGUGAUCGACUACAGCCAGAUCAUGGACGAUCUUAUCCAGGAGCGCGGGGCCGACGAUCCGUCCCUGUGGCUGAAGGACGGGUACCAUCCCAGUGCGGAGCCCUCCCGACGCUACCUCAACGAGAUCUUCCGCCUCAUGGACCUGGCGACGGUGGAGAAGAAGGUGGAGGUGGACGGCUUCCAGCGGCGGUGGGCGGCGGCCGCUGGCGACAGGGACGAGGCGGGCGAUCUGCCGUGAGCGCUGCGGCCAUUCCCUCGCCAGCCCGAUUGCCCGAAUUGUGAAGAUGGGCCCGGUGGUUCUCACUUCACUGGAAAUAAAAAUGAGGCUUCUCGGAUCGGCGCCGAGCUCCCCUCCCCGGAGGCGCGCCCCCGCGCCAGGGGCGGCGCUGAGGGUGCAUAAACCUGCACUGUUUCAUGUUGUCCCAGCUUGUUAGUGCAUGCAGCGGCUCACCUAUUCCAGGUUGGCUAUAGCAGGCUCUUUGGUUUGGAUGUGUGUCUCCCGCCUCCUCGGCCUCCUCCUUCGUCGUCGUCGUCGUCCUCCUCCUCCUCCUCCUCCUCCUCCGGCGGAUGUGGACGCAAUCUGUUUUAACAGUUUGAACGCCAGUUGGGGCGCAAACUGCUUUAACAGUUUUAACGCCGGCUGCGCGGCAACUGCUGGCCAGGUGUUGGCUCCUCCUCCUCUUCCUCCUCCUCCUCCUCCUCAUCCCUUCUCCUUCUGCCUCCUGCCUCUUUGCCUCCCUUGAUCGGCCCCUCCGUCGCGCGCGGUCUCCUCUUCUUCUCCUCCUUCCUUCCCCAUCCGCACGAGCCGCAGUCAGCUUCGCCUGUGCCCCAGCGUGGCCCGCCCGCAAACUCGGCUCCGAGACGCCGCCGACAGAACACAUAUUUUGCUGAAGGGGGUUCUGUCCACCCUGGGUGGCACGGCGGGCCUGCCGGUGGGCGGCGACGUGCUCCCAGGGCGCGCGUGCCCUGAGGGCCACCGCUGGCGGGCGCCGGCAGGCAAAGGAGCUGCGAGGUGUCCGUUCGAGGUCAGCCUCGGCGUCGAGGAGCACUCGCAGUUUUCGGAAGUCGGGCCAUAUUCUGCGGUUGUGAACAUGACGGCCUC